ACCUUGGGGCGCACGGAGCCUGCACACGGCCGAGGAGCUGGAGGAGCCGGUGGGGCGCAUGCUGGGCGGGGGACCUCAAGGCGCCCCGGCCGGUGGCGGUGGGGGCCACCGAGCAGGCGGCCAGGAUUGCUUACCACCUGCAGCGACCUUUCGGAGGAGGCGCCUGGCACGGAGGCCGGGCUACAUGAGAGGCGCAGCCGGGCCCCGGAUUGGGUUCCUCUGCCCAGCGGCGGCCGCUCCGUUACGGGCCCAGGGAGGGGCGUGCGGUGAGGAGUGCCACCAGUCUGAGUCCAGGGCCGGACGGUGUGGCCGUGAUCCUGGAGGCCAGCAGCGAGGCCCCUCAGUUGGGAGCCCUGUUCCUAGGAGCACAGCAGCCUCGGCUCCGACCCCCGUGGGCUGCCUCGGCCUGGCUCUGACCCCUGUAAGAGGACCCCCAGGGCUCUUUGGGAUUCAGCUCAGAGCUGCCACCACACUACCUGCCAGGCCGGCCAGGUUGUGUGGCCCUGGGGACACUGGGGGGCAGGACGAGCUCCCGUCCGUGGACAGUUCCGAGGCCCCUGGCCUUGGCUGGGGUGCUGUCAGGGGUGGAAGAGCGAAGGGUACCUGGACAAAAGGCCAUCUGGCCCCAGAGGAGGUGACUGGCAACAGCUGCAGCCUCGGAAGUGGCCCCAGGGUCCCCUCAGCCCCUGCCGGCUCUCAGGACGCCUUUACCUCAAGCUUUAGCUUCAUACAGCUCUCGCUUGGCUCUGCUGGGGAGCGUGGAGAGGCGGAGGGCUGCCCGCCCUCCAGAGAGGCCGAGGCCCCUUGUCAGAGCCCCGAGGAGACGGAAGCCACGGCUGCCAGCCUGGACAGGCCGCACGAACACCCUCGACUUCUCUCUCCCCACUUGAGUCUGAAGACUGCUCAGCGCCUGGCAGACUCUGUGCAGGCCGCAGGGGGCAGCCGCGGGCCGGAGAGGGAGCCGCUUUCCUUACCGGACGCGGACACCACCUCCUUCUGCUCCCUGGGCCCCUCCUGGCCUGCGGGCAGCAGCUUGGCGGACGCUCAGCGCUGGGGGACCCUGCUCAGGAGGUGCGAGCCCAUGCUGCUGGACUGCCUGCUGAGUGACCAGAGGUGGCUGGAGGUAAAAUCCCUAAGAUUAAAGCUUCAGAAACUUCAAGGAAAAGCAGUUGAAGAUGAUGAUUAUGAUAAAGCUGAGGCGCUGAGACACAGAUUGGAAGAACUGGAGAAAGAGAAGAGCAGCCUGCACUUCCAGCUUCCUUCCAGGCAGCCGGCCCUCUGCAGCCUCCUGGGCCACCUGCACGCACAGGCCCAAGCCGCCGUGCGCCUCAGGGCCGCUCAGCCGGCCUGCGGUGAUGACCCCCACACCCCACCCAGAAUGGAGCCGAAGCUGAUGGAACCCACUGCUCAGGACACCCUGCAUGUGUCCAUCACCAGACGAGACUGGCUUCUUCAAGAGAAGCAACAGUUGCAGAAAGAAAUCGAAGCUCUCCAAACAAGAAUGUCUGUGCUGGAAGCAAAAGAUCAGCAGCUGAGAAGGGAAAUAGAAGAGCAAGAGCAACUCCUCCCAUGGCAGGACUGCGACCUGACCGCCCUGGUUGGGGGGCUGUCCCUGGGCGAACUGGAGCUGCAGGAAGUCAGCAAGGCCUUGCGUGACACGCUGGUCUUAGCCAACCAGAUUCCACUCUGUGCAGAACCACCUGAAACCAUAAGGAGGUAUUGA